AUGUACGCUGUUGGCCCACAUCGCAAACCGGAUAUUGGGGAGAGGAUCAAAGUGAGGAAAUGGAAGCUUUGGGGAUCGUGGAUGCGUUUUUUUGCUUUGGAGAUUGUUGUGGAUGCCGAAACAUAUUAUUCUAGAGAGCUCCUUGAGAAGCAGGCUAUAGUUGGAAUUAGUCCUCACGGCAUCUUCCCUUUUGGUUUGGCUUUUGCAACGCUCUCUGAACUCACGGGCGUCGCAUUUGGAAAAAUACGCCCCGUGGUUGCUACUGCAACAAAGCUGUUACCUUUUGUUCGAGAUGUUCUUAAGUGGGUCGGAGCUGUUGAUGCUUCUCGACCACAAGUCGAUAGUGCCCUGUCAUCAGGUGCAAGGAUCGGGUUAGCACCAGGAGGAAUUGCAGAAAUGUUUGAGGGCUACCCAAAACCAAACGCUCAUCCAAAUGAGGAGUAUAUAAUUAUUCGCAGGGGAAUAUUUCGAUUGGCGAUGAAGAACAACGUACCAAUGAUUCCGGUGUACUGUUUUGGAAGUACAAAACUAUUGAAGCGCGUUCAAUUCCCCCGAAUAAUCGAAAAGAUCUCACUAUUGUUACGCACUAGUUUGGUGCUAUUUUAUGGAAAGUAUGGUCUUCCCAUACCAUUCCGAAAGCGCCUUCUAUAUGUAAUGGGAAACCCUAUCCAUCCUCCAGAAGCUUCUGCCAGUGCAGAUCAGCAGGUCGAAACAUUUGUUGCCAGUUACUGUAAUGAAUUGAUCCGAUGUUUCGAUCGUCAUAAGCAAUCAUAUGGAUGGGAAGAAAAAAUAUUAAGGAUACUAAAGCUAUAG